CAAGGAUUACUCUCGUCAACAUCACGCCCAAUCAAAGUCAACUUCGCUGCAAAAUGGCAAGCAACGGAAAGCAGUUUGCUGAAAGGUAUGCAGUGGUUACAGGGGCAAACAAGGGGAUAGGCUUUGAGACAGCGAGACAGCUGAGCUCCAAGGGCGUGACUGUGAUCUUAACUGCUAGAGAUGAAAAGAGAGGAAGGGCCGCCACAUCAUUGCUACAUGAUCAGUUAGGUCUCCCCGCCGACCGCGUCGUUUUCCAUCAACUCGACGUAUCGGACCCUCUCAGUGUCGAAGCUCUGGCUGACUUUAUCAAGGAAAAAUUUGGAAGGCUUGAUAUCUUGGUUAACAAUGCUGGAGCCUCUGGAGUUGUAGUUGAUGAGGAUGGCUUGAGGGCCUUAAAUAUAGAUCCUGCGGAUUGGCUUGCAGGGAAAGUGGCCAACUUGGUUCAAGGUGUGAUUAAACAAACAUAUGAAAAGGCAGAAGAGUGCUUGAAUACUAAUUACUAUGGUGUCAAAAGAGUCACAGAAGCUCUUCUUCCUCUCUUGCAGCUUUCCCCCGGAGGAGCAAGGAUAGUCAAUGUCUCCUCUCUCAGGAGUGAGCUAAGAAGAAUUCCAAACGAGGGCAUAAGAAAUGAGCUUGGGAACAUAGAAACUCUAACAGAAGAGAAAGUGGAAGCAAUUUUGAGAAGAUUUCUUCAUGAUCUGAAAGAGAAUGCACUUGAAACCAAUGGAUGGUGUAUGAUGCUGCCAGCUUAUAGCAUUUCCAAGGUCACUCUAAAUGCUUACACCAGAAUUCUGGCCAAGAAAUAUCCAACCAUGUACAUCAACUGUGUGCAUCCUGGCUAUGUCAAUACCGACCUGAAUUGGCAUACAGGCCCAUUAACUGUUGAAGAAGGGGCCAGUGGCCCAGUUAUGGUGGCCCUUUUACCUGAUGGGGGCCCAACAGGUCGCUACUUUGACCAAACCCAGUUGGCAGAGUUUUGACUCUUGAUUUUUCCGCUCAAAAAAAAAAAAAAAAGUGUCCAUCUGAGGAACCUCCUUUCACUAACCCUU